AUGACAAUUCUCAAAACAUUAGUAACUUUGGCUGCAAUAGCCAUGCUAAUGAAACUGGCUAUGGCAGCAAAUUACACAGUGGGAGAUCCAAAUGGUAGCUGGGAUCAAUCGUCCGAUCUGGGAAAAUGGGCGUCGUCCAAAACAUUUUUCGUUGGUGAUAAUUUGAUUUUCCAGUAUACAUUAAACCAUGAUGUUCUUGAAGUCUCAAAGCCUGAUUUCGACUCGUGCCGAGCAAAUAACCCCAUAAAUUCUCAUUCUGGAGGCUCAACGGUCAUAACUCUUUCUUCUCAAGGCAAGAGGUACUUCAUUUGUGGAACUGCUGGACAUUCCAUGCUAAUGAAACUGGCUAUGGCAGCAAAUUACACAGUGGGAGAUCCAAAUGGUAGCUGGGAUCAAUCGUCCGAUCUGGGAAAAUGGGCGUCGUCCAAAACAUUUUUCGUUGGUGAUAAUUUGAUUUUCCAGUAUACAUUAAACCAUGAUGUUCUUGAAGUCUCAAAGCCUGAUUUCGACUCGUGCCGAGCAAAUAACCCCAUAAAUUCUCAUUCUGGAGGCUCAACGGUCAUAACUCUUUCUUCUCAAGGCAAGAGGUACUUCAUUUGUGGAACUGCUGGACAUUGUGACCAAGGCAUGAAGCUAGAAAUCGACACCGUCGCAGCUUCUGCACCACCACCGGCCACCACCUCGGCCCCUCCACCGGCCACUCCCUUGGCUCCUCCACCAGCAACUCCAUCAGCGCCACCAACGGGAUCUCCUGUCAAGCCACCGAUUUCCUCUCCACCCACCAAAUCUUUAGCUCCCUCUCCAAAGCAUUCACAUUCGCCUGCUCCUAAGAUGUCCCCUUCGUCGUCUCCUACUAGCAGUCCCACAUCGUCUCCUCCUCCGGGCGUUUCUUUGCCUCCACCUCCUCCCUCAUCAGCUACCAGGGUAAAUGUGAUUGCUGGUUCCUCGCUCGGGCUUGGUUUCUAUAUCAUGAUGAUGCUCAUCAACCUUUAG